AUGGAUAUCCCUACGACUGCAGCUUCAGAAGACCCGCAUGAGCUGGCCUGCAAGACUGAGACUACACCAUCAUCACCAUAUUAUGAGACUGGCAGUACCAGUGCAGACGAAGAGGAAGCUGACAAAAAGCCCGAUCGCAUAGUCUCCGACGAUACAAAGCAAGACGUGACCCAGACACAAGCCACGAAGAAAUUCUGCACCUUCGCUGUGAACAAUGGUCUUACCGGCUCACCCGGACUCCCACCGGAGUUGCGCUUGAUGGUCUACAAAGCCGCGUUUCCCGAAAUGGACCCGUCUAUCGUUUACAAAAGAUUUGAUGACUACGUAAAAAACAAGUUAGUAUUCAUUAGACGUGUGGAAUGUCACCAUGAUCACCCAAUCCUCCUCAAAGACCCAAUUUCGGGGGCAAUAAAGUGUGUCAGUCGCAUAUCCCUACCGCCCAAAAACAGUCAGAUUCAAGCGGCACUGAAAAGUAACUUCGUGCGUGAUCCUGCCACCCGUUUGGAAUUUCUUACAGAGUACAUGCGCUACGUCCAGUUUUGUUACAAACCAGGUCGUCUCUACCAUCACAACAGCGAGAACACAGAUCUAAAGCGAUUCCUCAAGAUGCUUACUAGGUCAGAUCUCAUCGGGAAAAUGUCUCUUCUGAAACGUGACAUAGUAUCCAUUGGUUAUGUUCUUACUAUUCUAUAUCGCUACAAGGUAAAGUGCGAACUGACGUUCUUUCACUGUAAUCCACGGAUCCUCAAGCGGUUACUCGACUAUCUAAUGGGGGCAUACAAAGUGGCUUCUUCCCACACUAGAAGGGACAACCACCACCAAUAUGACGAGUUUGACUGCACCGUAUAUACCUUUGGCGAGUUCAACUGGAUGAAUGAGGAGUUUUUUUACUUUAACAAAGUACUUCAUAAACUAUGCAAGCUUAUGAGCAGAGAAUUUCAGAAAAUACAGGGGGCGAAUAUGGAAUACAAGUACGAUAUACUAAAGUAUCCUGUCGACUUUAGCGGGCGAGCGAUCCGUCGCAAGUAA